GCAGCGCCCCAUGAGUCUUUGCGGCGCCGUUUCCUCGCUGUGGUUGUUUUGUGGCGCGCAGUAGCUCCGGGUGAUCAUUCACACUGACCCGUACAAACAUACACACACUGACCGACUGACCAGCUGACCGACCGAACCGAACUGGGCCGCUUCAUAUCCUUCACGAAGAAUGCCUAAAUCAAAGGAAGUGCUGUCUUCUACGUCCAACAGUGACUCUGAUAGUGACGCCGACACAAAGGCUAAGAGGAAGAGGCAGGCGACACCGGAAAAGCCAUCAAAGAAACAGAAGAGCGGAGAGUCUUCCAAAACAUCCAGCUCCUCUAAAGGCGGCAGCAGCAACAAAAAUGACAACAUGUUCCAGAUAGGGAAGAUGAGGUAUGUGAGCGUGCGAGACUUUAAAGGGAAAGUCCUCGUCGAUAUCCGUGAGUACUGGAUGGAUCAAGAGGGUGAAAUGAAGCCGGGACGAAAAGGUAUUGCUCUGAACCCGGAACAGUGGAACCAGCUGAAGGAGCAGAUUGAUGACAUUGAUGAAGCUGUGAGGAGAAUAUAAACAUCUAGCAGUGAAGCCGACAAACUGAUUUUUUUUUAAUCCUCGUCACACACAUUACUUAAAUUUUAAAUACAAGAUUAAUAUGACAUAAAGGUCAAGGACCGUUUGACCGUUUUAGACUAGGUUUUAUUGCAGUUGGGUCAGUUGCUGUAUUUUUCGUUUUCUUUUUUCUACUGACAAAUCAGUUGAAAUGUUGCGCAUUGCUUCUGUGGAUGAGUGGGGAGUGUCGGGGGCGAAACUGGGGAAGUACUUUUGUUUAUUUUUUACAAUAAAGAUGAUGGAAAUAUAAAGGUUA